CGAUGACCCGGAAGAGAAGCGAGCAGCGCGUGACCUCUCUCGUGUGUUGGUCGCGCGUUGAGCAAUGAGCGAACAGAGGUGUGAUUGUUCCGCCUCGCGCCCCACGCCAGCACGUUAACGGGCGGGACGAGCAGCGGACCGAGACCAACGGAAUGCCGCUGCGGACCCAAACGACGCUCGGUUAUUCGGGGAACCUCGUCAAACAGACGCCGGACGCCGCUAAACGCGCGAGCAGCCCAUCGGAGUUAGCCCGCGUGCGGGUUCUCUGACAGCCCGCUUGUUUCCCCGCGUGACAGUCGACGUGUUCAUCCGGCACGUUCGCGCCUGGUGCGAAGCGGCUCGCGGCCGUUAGCGCGCCUCAGCGGACAGCCACGUCAGCUAGCGUUAGCUUAGCACCGUACCGCUCCUUGUUGUGUUGGGAGUCCUCGUCCGUUGACUGACACGAUGGCUCCGAUGGGCAUCCGGCUGUCCCCGCUCGGUGUGGCGGUGUUCUGCCUCCUGGGAGUCGGCGUCAUCUACCACCUGUACGCGGGAGUCAUUUCCAACCGCUGGGCUGCUUUCAGGAAGGGGGACAAAGUGGAUCUGAGGGACCUGCUAGCUGUCUCCGUGGAGGCCGCGGUGCUCGGUGGCUUGGAGGUAAAGAAGACGCGUCGUGGUGAUAACCUGGAGGAGAAGUCCAAGGGCAAGACGAGGGAGGGAGCCGUUGAGCUCCUGACCGCGGGCGACCUGCACUCUCAUAGAAAGAUGUUCAACCUCAUAAGCAACACGUUCCCUGAUGUCACGGUGAUCAGCGAGGAGCACGACAACACGGUGGACAAGGCCGCGUCCUGGAGCCGCAACAUUCCAGCCGACAUACUUGAGAAGAUAAAUGGGGGCAAGGACGUCCCCGCUGAGAGAGUCACGGUGUGGAUCGACCCCCUGGAUGCCACACAGGAAUACACAGAGAACCUGGUGAAGUUUGUGACCACAAUGGUGUGCGUGGCCGUAGAUGGUAAACCAGUCAUUGGAGUCAUACACCAGCCCUUCACUGAGUUCACUGCCUGGGCGUUUGUAGGUCAGGGGUCAAAUAUGAGUCCCCGUCCGUCCUACAGUGUCAGCCCUCCGAAGACGAUUGUAUCACGUUCCCACUCCGGACAGGUUAGAAGCUUUGUUCAGGAGGCUUUUGGGAACAGCACAACAAUCAUCGAAGCAGGUGGAGCAGGGUAUAAGGUCCUGUCUCUUGUGUCGAUGCCUCUGAGUGAAGACGAGCCUGUGGACCAGGCGGACGUUUACAUCCACGUCACCUUCAUUAAGAAAUGGGACAUCUGCGCUGGUGCAGCGCUACUGACUGCACUGGGUGGCCACAUGACGACACUGAAGGGGGAGGACAUCGACUACAGCGGCACGCCACUCAACAAAGGAGGGCUGGUAGCCAGUGUUGGUGUGGACCACAAGGCCCUGCUGGAGAAGCUCCCGAAGGGGGAGCCCGAAAAGCACUGAGUCCCACUGAGAGACCGAGCCGCUCAGCGUGGAAGGGAUCACUGACAGCGGCCACUUCAUGGUGACUCAUUGGGGGGGGGGGCAGGAAACAAAGAUGGCUGCCCCCGGACACCACAAUGGCUCUGAACUGCUGGACACAUGUACGUUAAGCGAGGAGAAGCGGGAGGGACGCAACCACAUCACAUGACUCAUUUCACACGCCGCCAGCUCGCUGCCAUUUGUGGAACCUUGACCUUUAUAACUUUGGGGGGGGAAUAGUGGGGUAAACGGCCGGGGGG